UAAAAAAACGCAACUAUUAAUUUUCCAACUUCAUUUAAUUUUUUAAAUGUUAGAAUUUAAUUAGAAGAGGAACUAUCGAAUUUGUUUGAUAUAAAAAAUAUAAAUUACACAAUAUACAUAUAACGUUUGCAUACAUUUUUCAACGCAGUAAUAACGAUUGAGUACCACUCAACACUCAUACAUUCUCACAAAAUUAAUUAUUUGGGUGUAUGAGUUUGCCGACCACUGCUAUAAAGGCAUGUUGGAUAAAGUUGGAUGUUCAAAAAAAAAAAAUAAAAAUUUUAUAUUUCGAAAAAUUCUGGACCCCUGAGAGUAUUUUGAAUUUUUUUGUAACUAUAACCUGCAAUUAAUAAUAUUUUGUUUAAUAUGGUUUUAUGCGAACUUCGUGGAUACAUAUUUCGAUUUUGAAAACUAAUUUCGAAAAUAAGAAAAUAUAUUGUAAGUUUUUUACUUUUGAUUUAAUUUCACAGACAAAAUUGUUUGGUCAAAUACCCAAUCUUUUUGUUGGAAUAUGCGCAACGAGAUUUGACUUUUGUUGAUAUAUUAACGGCAUACAAAGUAAAGGUCUGUUCUAACAACCGCACAGCGUUGAUGGAAAAAAUAAUAUGUUCGUAGUAGACGUGUUUGCAAUUGGUCAAGCAUUCUUCGAAAAGUUGGCGUUGCCAGGCUCAAUCCACAUUAUAUAACGUAAUAUGUAUAUGAAUGUAUGGGAUUGGCGUUGAACCGUUAAGCCGGUUAUAGCCGAAUCGAUGAGAGCGCGCCACUACUCCCUUUCCUUCGCAGUUCGGCGCAAGUUGGAGAUUCCAAGGGUAACCAGGUCGCUCUCGACCUGGUCCCUCCAACGAAAUGAAGGCCUUCCCUUCCUCGGCUUCCUCCGGCGGGAACACAUCGAACACUUUCAGAGCUGGAGUUUUUUCGUCCAUUCGGACAACAUGACCUAUCCAGCGUAGCUGCUGUCUUCUUAUUCGCUGAACUAUGUCUAUGUCGUCGUAUAACUCGUACAGCUCAUCGUUCCAUCGUCUGCGGUAUUCCAAUUGCCGUUUCCAAUGUUCUGAGGACCAUAAAUCUUGUGCAAAAUUUUCCUCUCUAAAACUCCUAGUGUCGUCUCAUUUGAUGUUGACAUCGUCCAAGCUUCUGCACCAUAAAGCAGGACGGGAAUGAUAAGCGACUUGUAGAAUAUAGAAUAUAUAUAACGUAAUAUAGCUAAGUAUAAUAAUAGGUGAUCCAUUUCGAGAUACCCUACUUUUUAUAGAAAAAACACAGAAUAUUGAAAUUUAAUGGGGAAUGUUUAUUAUAAUUCAAAAGAACAUUAUUUUAAAUUAAUUUUUUAAAGAUUAUCUCUUUCAAAUGUUGGCCGCGGCAACGUCUCAGAUUUCAACUGUUAACUGGCGAAUGACACACGUGAUGUUUUACUCCAAGUCCUGAAUCGAAGCGGAACCACACCAAACUGUUGUUUUUUAUGGAUGAAAUGGCAGCUCUUGAAUCUCUUUCAGGAUGUUCUUCGUUCCAAAUGCGGCAGUUUUUAUUGUUUACAUAUCCAUUGAUCCAGAAAUGGAGUUCAUCGCUGAAUAGGAUUAGGCUCGAAAACGUCGGAUCUUCUUGGAACAAGAGCCCAUAGAGCGAAGCGAUGGCGCAUGAGAAGGUUGAGCGGCUUCAGUUCUUGCACAAGUUGUGUUUGAAAAAAUAAGAAUAUCUUUAUGGAGAAACCCCUUAUUGGGCUGAUGUGUAUGGAUCGUAAGGAUAGAAUGAGUCCGGACGUUUGCAGUUAUAUUGAUGACAAAUACGUCAAGUAUUUGGAGAAUGCAGGAGCUGGUGUUGUCCCUAUUUGGAUCAAUAGAAACCCUGAAUAUUAUGAGUACAUAUUAAGCAAAGUAAAUGGAGUUUUAUUGCCUGGUGGUGCUGUCUAUGUGAAUGAGCACGAUCCUGGUCGCUUGGAUUUAACAAAUUAUUGUGUUAAUGCCACGAGGAAUAUUAUACGGGUAGCCGAGAAAUUGCAUAAGAAAGAUAUUGAGCUACCUAUUUGGGGAACAUGUCUGGGCUUUCAGCUUUUAGUAGUCUACACAACCAAGAUGGCGGAGGCAACUUUCGGCACUGAUAUACGCGAUAAAUGCGAGAGUAUGGAUUGCAAUUUACCAGUGGAAUUUUUACCGGAUUUUCGAAAAUCCCGAUUUUUUGCCGAUUUGCCUGAUGAAGUGAAAAUAAGUAUGGAACAGGAACCGUUCGGUCACCAUCGCCAUAAGUAUUGUGUGAGCCUUAAGACAGCAGAAAGUUUCGUUGACGUGUGGCAUAUAUUGGCGAAAAACAAGGAUGCGAAGGGCUUGGAAUUUGCUUCCAUUAUCGAACAUCGCAAAUAUCCAUUUUUCGGAACGCAAUUUCAUCCAGAAUCGCAGUGCUCGCAGGAAUGCAGUAAAAUCAUCGAGUAUUUAUCCAAGUUUUUUGUGGAUCAGUGUCGGCGAAAUAGCAAUCGAUUUCAAAGUGAUGAAGAGCAGAAGCGCCAUUUGAUACAAAAUUUUCCUGUUACCGUGAAUGGCAGUUUACGACUAUUUGACGAAUCAGCAGAUUAUCCACGAAAAGUAUAGACUAUAGUGAGCUUCAUUUGUUCAUGUGAUAUUAAAUAUAUGUAUGUGAUUUUCUACUAAAAAGACUCGUUUUCAAAAAUUACUCGAAUUAAUAAUUAUUGGAAAUAGUUUAAAAUAUGAAAAAUUAAUUACUUAAAUUUAUUAAGUUAGUUCAUAUACAGAGAAACUGAACAUAAACAGGAUAUAAAACAUAAAGAAU